GGCGGGCGGGGCGCGCGAGGCGGCCCCGCCGGUUCCUCGUGCAGUUCCGCGGCGGCGGCGGCGGCGGCGACAUGGAGAGCGGGGCCUACGGCGCGGCCAAGGCGGGCGGCUCCUUCGACCUGCGGCGCUUCCUGGCGCAGCCGCAGGUGGUGGCGCGCGCCGUGUGCAUGGUCUUCGCCUUGAUCGUGUUCUCGUGCAUCUUCGGCGAGGGCUACAGCAACACCCACUCAUCGAAACAGAUGUACUGCGUGUUCAACCACAACGAGGACGCCUGCCGCUACGGCAGUGCCAUCGGAGUGCUGGCCUUCCUGGCCUCGGCCUUCUUCUUGGUGGUCGACGUGUAUUUCCCCCAGAUGAGCAACGUCACUGACCGCAAGUACCUGGUCAUCGGUGACCUGCUCUUCUCAGCUCUCUGGACCUUCCUGUGGUUUGUUGGUUUCUGCUUCCUUACCAACCAGUGGGCAGCCACCAAGAAGGAGGACGUGCUGGUGGGCGCCGACUCCGCCCGGGCCGCCAUCGCCUUCAGCUUCUUCUCCAUAUUCUCCUGGGGAAUGCUGGCCUCCCUGGCCUACCAGCGCUACAAGGCCGGCGUGGAGGACUUCACCCAGAACUAUGUGGACCCCACCCCGGACCCCAGCACAGCCUACGCCUCCUACCCGGGGGCGCCCGUGGACACCUACCAGCAGCCGCCCUUCACCCAGAGCGCCGAGACCACCGAGGGCUACCAGCCGCCCCCUGUGUACUGAGGAGCCGCGGGUGGGAGGGGGACAGGGAGCACUGGACUUUCCCCACAUGGCCAGCCCCCGCCCUGUGCCUGCUGCAGCUGACACGCAGCCAGAGAGCCCCCAAGUGCUGUGCCCAGAGGGCUCCCCAGGCACCCACUCGCUCAAGGGCAUUCGUUAGGAGAGGGUUUUUCCUAGAUGGUUUCCUCAUUGCUUUACCCCAGCCCUGCUUGGAGUAGCUAGAAGUGGGAAGGUGCCCCCGUGCUGUUUCGGCAAGUGCCUUAGCUUCUCCCUGGGCGCCCAGGAGCAGAGCCCAGGGGUUCUCUGCCAAAGACAGGGGUCGGCACGGCGCCUGUCUCCUGCUGCUGGUGCUGGGCUCCGGCCCCCGCCGCCGCCUCACUCAGGUUUGACUUCGUGCUCACUGUUGUUUGGUCUGGGGUCGCCACCCCGUGCCAGGGGCAGGGGGCAGAGCUGGUGCCCUUCUUGCUCCCAGCCCCUGGUGGCAGGGAGGGGCUUUGCCUGAGGACACCCAGCUUUAUGUAAAUAUCCCGCCACUGCUCGCUAGCGUGGGGAGGGCCGCCCGAAUGUAUUAUAAAGCCUUGGAGAAGACGCCCUGCCCUCCCCAGAUGGAUUCUGCUAGACGGUUGGAGAUGGAAUAAAUGUUUUCUCCUUGUCA